AUGCUCUUGGCAGGAAGUGUGGCCCUCAAGCUGGGUGUGGUCAUUCUGAUUCUCGCGGAGGGCUGUGGGUGCAAACUGUGCCCCGCUGAUUGGCUGCCGCACAAGAACAAGUGCUAUUGGGUCUCUAAAGAAAGUAAAACGUGGAAUGAGAGUCGUGAGGACUGCUCAGCGAAGAGCUCUCAGAUGCUCAUGAUCCAAGACAAGGAGGAGAUGGCGUAUGUAGUGAGUAUUCCACAACUGAACCUGGUCUGGCUUGGACUCAGUGUUACAUCCCCAGAGAGGAAAUGGACCUGGGUGGACGGCUCCACGUUCGAUGAAACACUCUUUCAAGUCUCAGGCUCUGCUGAAGGGAACAGCUGUGGUUGGAUAAGAGGCAGACGGAUUCUGUCUGAGACAUGUGGUGCUGAGUUCAAAUGGAUCUGCCAGAAAGAAGCUGCCGUGAUAUAA